AUGGAAUUACCUUUUAACACCGAUUAUUCUGGAUCUCACACGAUAACUGCGAACGAGGUGCCGUACCAAGUUCCUGAGGAAGGACAAGUGGAAGAACAUGUUUUACGGCUGGAGCCUGAGUCUCGAGGCAGACGUGUAAGGUGGGCGAAUAAUACUGUCGACAAUGAGAAUAUGGACAAGAAAAAAUCAAAAGUGUGCUGCAUUUAUCACAAGGCUAAAAAGUUUGAUGAAAGCUCAUCAGAAUCCGACAGCGACUCGGAUUCUUCCAGCUGUAGCCGGAAUGCUUAUGAGCGUGCGUGA